AGAGGUAGAAGUUGAAGUUAAAGUUAUGAUGAAAGUGGAAGGUCUAGGAAUUAGAAAGGGUGCAUGGUCCGCGGAAGAAGAUCUUCUCCUUACCCGCUACAUUCAUAAACAUGGAGAAGGAAAUUGGCACCUUAUUCCCAAAACUUCAGGAUUGAAUCGAUGCAGAAAAAGUUGCAGAUUGAGAUGGUUAAACUAUUUAAGCCCCAAUAUCAAAAGAGGAAGUUUUGCUGACGAUGAGAUUGAUCUCAUUGUUAGGCUUCACAAGCUGCUAGGCAACAGAUGGACAUUGAUUGCCGGUCGAAUUCCAGGAAGAACUGCGAACGAUGUGAAGAAUUUAUGGAACGUCAACCUAAAAAGGACUCAAAAACCAAAUUAUUCCAACUUAAAAUCUGAUAUUUUACCAAAGAUCGAUACAUCAAACAAGGUUGAAGUCAUCCGACCUCGAGCUCGAACCUUCUCUAAGAACUCGUUUUUCUUGAAAAAUAAAUCGUUGAUGAUUAAAACACGUGACAAUAUAAUUCACAAAACAUGCGAUAAAACAACAAAACUUACCUAUCCAAAUCAAUCAAAAAGAACUCUAUUAGAGCAUGAUCAAGACAAUGAAGGUUCUCUUUGGAAUUUGAAAUCUCCCUACAAUGAGGAGGUAGAUAUCGAUAUGCCAAGUAAAGACAUGUCUCCAGAACAAGGAAAUGAUUAUUGGCAACAAUAUUUAUCUACACCGCACUCUUUUGCUCUAGAGUCAGCCAUAGAAGCAGAUUGUGUUUUUCUUGAACAACAAACUCUUCCCGAACUAAACACCAAUUGGGAUGACCUCUUAUGUGAAAAUAUUUGGAACCUCCUAGGAGAUGAACAUGUUUUGUUUUAGCUAGUUUUAUAUUUUGGGAUAAGUGUUUAAAUUGAAGCAUU